UUUUCAACCGUGUUUGUCACUUUUUGGUCACGUCCUGUUGGUAAACGUGGCGAGACCAAAACAUAAAGUUCACUCCCGUGAAUCACAGUGUCCCGGUCCCGUGAGUAGGUUAAAGGUCACGAUAACGUUUAGAAAACGAAACUUCCUCAGUUCCUCGGGGCUGGAAGUGGGACCCUCGCUAUUUAAAUUUUAGGCCAUAUUGAAGCUCAUGAGAACAGUGCGAUUCCGAAAUCAACCACCAGUUCGUGAUCCAAUUCGUGAAACCGUUUUUCAGUUCUGACGUCAUUCCUGUUGAAGGGACGACAUGGCUACUGGGACCUCAGCUUUCCUCAGCCAAAUUUCGGACGACUUUCUGCAGUGCAAGAUCUGCCUAGAGCCUUACCGCCGGCCCAAGGUGCUGUCCUGUCUCCAUACGUUCUGUCAGGAGUGUCUUGAGCAGCUGCACAAGCGACAGGGUGAGCCACAACACCUGGAGUGUCCAACAUGUCGCGACAAGACGGAACUUCCGGGUUCUGGAGUCAGCGCGCUGAAGGACAACUUCUUCGUCGAAAGUCUCAAAGAUGCAGUGAAGCUCCACAAGACGGUGAGCGAAACGGAAGGAGAGAGGGCUGUGUGCGGUCUGUGUGAGUCGGGGGAGGAGCCGGUAAAGUCGUACUGUGUGGAAUGUAAGGAGCUUCUGUGUGAGAGGUGCAUCACUAUGCACGCUCGAAUCACUUCUAAGGCACUGAACUUCGGGCAUCAACUCAUGACCGUGGACCAGGUCCGUUCAGGAACAGAUCUGAAAGCGGUCAAGCCUCGCACCCAGCCGUGUAAGCUACACUCAGAUGAGGCCUUGAAGUUCUGCUGUGAGACCUGUGGGGAGGCUGUGUGUAGAGACUGUAUCAUGGUGGAGCACAAAGAUCACUCCUACACCCAUCUCGCCAAAGCCGCUGGCGGCAUCAAAGAACAGCUAUCUGCAGCGCUCGACGAGGCCGACAAGAGACUGAACGAGCUCAAAGACAGGCAAAACGAAAUUCUUGGUAAGAAGUCCCUACUGAAAGACAUCGUGACACAAGUCGAAGCCAACAUAAACGAAGCGGCAGAGCAGACCCGCCAGCGACUGGUGAAUCAGGUCAAUGCGGAGCAAACGGACCUGUUGCAGCAUGUAGAAGACAUUAAAAAACAAACCGAGAAACAGUUUUGCACCGUCGAAGACGCCGUGGAGACAGCUAUCGCCAGCGAUUUCGGCCGCAACGUCGUCGUCCAUGGUACUGAUCUGGACAUCAUCGGUGUGAAGACAGAAGUUCAGUCCCGGCUCCAGAAUCUGCUGAAGCUGACUCCAGACGGGAUACGCGCCCCUGAGGGCGAGCCGUGGGUUCGCUUUGUAGGCAACGGUGCUAAAACAGACCACCUUGUUCUGCUUGGGGAAGUACCUGAAGAUUUUAGCGCGACGUUCACCACUUUGGGCACAACGGGUCGUCUCGGGCCAACAGACCUGGGGCAACACUACAGCAGACAGGAUCAUGAGGGACUGGUGACACUGCAGGACGGGAUUCAACUCUUCACAGUCAAGCACACCGGCACGUAUAAGGUCGAAGCAGCAGGAGCUGCUGCAGGAUGGGGAGAGAAAACACCGAAAUCAACUCGUGGAAGAGGUGCUGUGAUGAAAGGAACUUUUCAAUUUGAAAAGGGUAAUGUGCUGAAGAUCCUAGUCGGACAGGAAGGCGUGCAGGAUGUACUGGGAAGAGGUGUAGGCGGGGGCGGCGGGACGUUUGUCACUCAGGACGACAACACGCCGCUCAUCAUCGCAGGUGGCGGAGGUGGUGGGAACCGUCUGUCUUCUAGGAAAGCUACCAGUGACGGAGACAAAAAAGCAUCGGGCAAUCCCAGCUCUGGUGGGAAGGCAGGGGGUAAAGAUGGGGCUGGGGCAGUACAGGGGGGUUCUGAUGAUGUAGGAGGGGGUGGGGGAGGUCUGCUGACAGAUGGGGCGAGUGGUAAAAACAAAUUUGGUGGCAAAGACGGUCGGGAUGGUGGUGAAGGUGGAAGGGCAUUUGUAAAUGGAGGUGUAGGUGGGAGGGGGAACCGUAACAACGCAGAUGGAGGUUUUGGUGGUGGAGGGGGAGGGUAUGGUGGGACUUACGGUGGAGGAGGAGGUGGUGGGGGCUAUUCUGGAGGGGGAAGAGGAGAAGAUGGUGAAAGUGGUGGGCAUUGUGGAGGGGGAGGCGGUUCCUUCAACUCAGGUGGCGAGCCCUCUGGGGAGAAGGGUGCAAAUGACGGCCCAGGUUAUGUUGUCAUUACGUUGACUACAGCUGGGUAGCUAUAGAUUAGCUCUAAUCCAGUGCUAAUAA